AUGUCGGACAAGGUGAUCCUCUACGAUUUGCCCAGCAAGGACAAUGGCAAUGGAUGCUGGUCGCUCAACCCGUGGAAGACCCGUUUGGCACUCAACUACAAGCAGAUCCCCUACACCACCACGUGGAUCCAGUAUCCCGACAUCGAGCCCACCUUCAAGGGUCUCGGCCUCGCCCCGCAGCCGGAGGAGAUUAAGCCCUAUACCGUCCCCGCCGUCGUGUUCCCGGAUGGUAAGGCUGUCAUGAACUCACGCCUCAUCAUCGACGAGCUGGAGAAGCGGUACCCCGAGCGCCCGCUACGCGUCGACGACCCCGCUACCGAAAAGGUGCAGGCUCUCGUUCGGGAGACAAUGGGUCCGCUCACGGGCGUUCUGAUCCCCAACGUUGCGACUAAGUGCCUCACUGACGCGUCGCGGCCCUACUUCGAAGAGACACGACGGGGAAUGUUCGGCAUGACGCUCGAGGAGGUCCGGAGGACCCAGGGCGGAGACGAAUCGUGGGAAAAUGCAAGACCGGUGUUUGCCAAGGCUGCCGCGCUGUUGCGGGAGACGGAAGGUCCAUUCUUCCUGGGAGAGACUGUCUCGUAUGCCGAUUUGAUCUACGCCGGGGCGUUGCAGUUUAUGCGGAGAACGGCGGGCGAAAGCCACUUUCAGACGGCGUUGGGAUACGAGUCUGAGGUACAGAGCUUUUAUGAAGCGUGCGCGAGAUGGCUGGAGCGGGACAAUCAUUGA